CUCACUUCUCCUCAAGCUCAGCUCGGCCCCGCCCCCUCGGCGCUUCCCGCCUUUCCCGCCCCGCGCUCCCCUCACGCGCCCCAGCCCCGCCCCGCCUGCUCUCCCUCGCGGCUCCCAGGCUCCUGCUCAAGUCGGUUGCAGCCCGCCCCGCCUCUCCAGCCGCGUCCCAACACCGGCCUCUCGCUCGCCGCUCGAGGGUCGGCUCCGUCCUGCCGCCGCGGCCUCGAGCCGCUGAGGGCCCCGCCCCUCUGCUCGGUCUGCGCUGCGACCUGGAUCCGCGGCCCGCCGCCCGCACGUGCAGCCCGGCCCGGCCCGGCCCGGCGGCGCCGCGCCCGAGAGCUGGCUCGAAGGACCACGCGCCGCACAGCUCUGACCUUCUCUUGUAGAAAGGCCCCGGGGAUUGACUGACUGAUUUGUUCAUUGAACGGGAAGAUUCUUUCCCUCCCACAUCUGCAGGAUGGGUUUUUUGAACGUUAAAAAUUCAGGCUGUCGUGGCCCUGCGAGAAUGGACAGAGAUUUGGGAGGGACAGGGGCGGAGAACCAUGGCUGACUGGACCGGAGUGAAAGCAGGUCGCUGCGGGGAGUUCAGGGCCCCCAGGGCUGUAGUGUCCGAGCGCCGGCGCUACGCGGCCAGAGAGCUUUCUGCAUCCAGCCCCGGUCUGGUGACUGAGCUAGGAAAUAUUUAAUAGGAAGAGACGGAUGUUGUUUCAGAUCCCCCUCUCCACAGGUAGCGGGCGCAGGGAGGUGACCUCAGUCAUUCCUCUCCAACACUCUGCAGUACGGGUCCAUUUCGCAGAGGUCCUUUCCCACUCAGCUGGUCGGUCCCUCAAUGUGAUGCCCCGUUGCCCCGCAGUCUGGUGCAGUAUUCGUUGUGGCAAGUGCAACGCAGAGCCAGGCUGACCGGGUGCAUUUCCAAGGGGCCGUGUAUGUGAGAGCUGCGUCUUCUUGAUCUGAUGACAACAAUCGCACUGACAACGCCAUGCCAGAACGGGACUCCUGGCUCCAACAGGAACAUCCAAGCAGGCUUCCCUUACCGCGCUGCUUUGCAAUGCCACGAACGGGGAAUAACGGAGGGCAGGACUACACCCUGCUCGGAGGAAACCAGCCUGCCCUUCAGAUCAUCCCCUUUGCCCCAGCAUGUCCUUGCUGACAACCUCUAACCCUCAUCCUCUCCGUGCCCAGGGCCUGGACCUUGGACACUGCCACAAACUGUCUGUUCAAGGGCAAUGCACCGAGACCAUAGGACUAGCCCUAGAAACCCUCCUUGCGCAUGUCGAAAGGUAGCCAGCCGUGUUGCUGCCCUGGUCUCACCAGGUGACCUCAUGUGGGUCUGUGGUGAUGGGCUGGCGAGUGCUCGAUGGGGCAGGACGCUGUGUUUCCCCCGGAGAGGCAGAGCAACCCAAACACAGGCCAAAGUUCAUAGAGGAUCUCAAGGCGCGUGACUGCGACCCAGGAAUCGAAGGCAAAAGAUGUAAACGGGUUGGUGUGGUACUCUCUUCUGAGCUCUGAACUUACCUGGGUCAGUCAUCAAAAGGAUUCACUUCUGUCUUAUUCUUCACCUAAAUCUUGAGCUGAGAGCAGGGCUGAUUGACUAGCUUCAGAGGGGCAAUGGUGACCCCAUUGCUGCCUUGGACUGAGCUGCUUGAGAGAGAUGUCGUUUGAAGAUUUUCCUUGCGGUGAUCAGCUCAUCAAUGACAGGGCAUCAGCGAGGCAGUGGGAUGCACUGCCUAGGAGAGUUGUGGGCUCAUUCAUUGGAGGUAUUCAAGAAAAUGAUGGAUAAGCAUAGUCAGGGAUGACCUAGGAAUAGCUGUGCCUUUGCUAUACUAGGGGUAUUUCUUAAGCUUUAGAGCGUUGCUGGCUGCCACAGGGGUCAGGAAGGGAUUCUCCCUGGUUGUCAGACUGGUACAGAUUGUGGGGUUUGGCCUUGCAUUGUAGUGCCUGGGCUUGCUCAUCACCGCCUCCUCCUGCUUCCAGGUGCCUCUGGGAUUUGUAGUCCACGGUUGCAGCCAGCAGUAAGUCUGAGCAGGGGAAGGGGUGUUUAAUACACCUCCUUGGCCCCAGACCCCACCGGGGUUUGCUUGGGGAGGAGGCAGUCCCCCCACUGUACAUUAGGCUGCAUCCCCAACAGGGCUUGCCCCCCCGCCCCAGGCAGCCAGCCAUCAAUGCUCCAGGUAGGGAGCAGAGGGGAGAAGCCAUCCCUCAUCCCCACCCAGCCGGGCUCAUCCCCUACCUGUAGCAGCCCCUUCACCCUAUAGUCUAGCAUAUCCUGUAUCCCAUCCCUGACAGUGCCCAGUACCAGAGGCUGGAAACAACAGCACAAGAGAACCCAUCUGAAGCAUGGGGGGAACUAGCCUGGCCAGAGACAGGACAGUGCUGCCAAAGCCCGUGUGCUGAGUGUGAGCUGCCCUUGGUUUUGUAACUCACACUGCUGGGGUCUGGGGCCAAGGAGGUGUAUUAAACACCCCUUCACCUGCUCAGACUUACUGCUGGUUGCAACAGGACUACAAAUCCACAAGCCCUACCCAGCGAGGCAGCAGCCCCAGCCCUACCCAGAUCCCUCCUUAAAGGGGCUUCAAUCCCCCUCUAGCUCCAGCAGGUAAGGGCGGGGGAAGUCUGCAGGCUGCCUGGGGCCACAUGCAUGUCCAUGCACGUGGCACCCCCUGUCUUACCGCCUUCCUCCUGUUCCCUCCCAGCUCCCUGCAGGCUGCAACUCUGCGAGCCUGCAGGCAAAAUCCACGGGUUUCUCUCGUAAAACAAGAAAUCCAUGUUUGCCUCUGGCUCCUUCUUUUUGUGGGAAAUGGAAAACCUGGAUCCUUGGUAAUGACAGUACAUCACAGCAGGCUGGCUGCAUGUCCAUAGGUGCCCCAAGCGACCAAGUGGCAGACACGGAAGUUAGGGGCACAGCCUCUGAAUUUGAACUACCUGGAUCUGAAAUGCUGGAGGCCAGAGGCAAGAGAGUAACAGUGGGGAAAAAUUCCUGGUCAUUCCCUGUUUGCUCUCCCUUUCAGCAGCCGAUCCCUGGGCACGUCUACGUGAAAAGCUCCAUCACAGUAGCAAUGAGCUAUGCAAGCAUAGCGUGGGGGGCACUAACCGUGAUGCAACUGUGUAGAAGCUCAUAGGUGGCCCCUGAUGGCCCUGAGCUCCCAAGGGUGAGCAGGGGUCAGGGACACCAGCAGGUCCUCAGUCCUGGGUGUUUGCUCCCCUCAGGCAGCUGUGCCAUGCUGCUCUUCUGUUUACAAAGCUUGGGUUAAACCUGCAGCACUUAAAGGGGCUAAAGACUCAGACAACUGUUCCCUGCACUGGCGCAGAGAAGGACAGGUCAGCACUUCUGAUUUCAGGGGCCGCCUGAUGACCCAGUGAUUGCAGGGGGAGAAUCUGCCCUCUCCAAAUGGCAUUGUCUGCUGGCUUUAAUCCCUCACCCUCGCUAGGUGGCACCUCCGCGUUAUCUCAAGGAGUGCUCUGGCCCUUUGUGGCAUGACCAGCUGGUUGGCCUGGCUCCUGCCCUCUGUCUCCAACUCCCCGCCAGUGGCACAGCCACCUGCUUGGGAGGGCACCUUAACUCCUGAAUAAUGCAUCCUGAAAGGAGCCUCCUAACUACAUGAGAAUGAAGCUUCAAACUCUCACAAAGUACAAUUAGCAGCCUCCACCAGACCCCAUUUUUUCCCAAACACUUUAUUUUUCCUAAUACAAAUUUAAGAUGUUGGUAUAAUCUCGGGUGCGAUUUUCCAAAAUUUCCUCUCGUGCGGUAGGCAACGUAACAUGGGAGAGCGCACUCUGGCCAGAGCUUUUGGUAUCUUCUUAAAGAAGGAAGAUUGUUUUUUUAGCACGCUGGCACCAGCUGUUGUGGAAAAAAGAGAGCAGUCACUUAAUAUAGAAGAAUAAAGCAAGGGUGUCCGCAAAGGUCACAUCGUCUAACUUAGGCGGUGUCACUUCCCCAUGCAUACCUGUGUCGACCCUCAUGUCAUCUGGUAUAGGAGGUGCAGCAUCAUCAGACAGCGUCUCAAACUGUUCCACAGAAAGAGGGGAAAAAAAGAAAAGUCAGGCCGGGUGCUGUUUGAUCUGUACUCCUCAGGAUUACACAGUCACAGUAUGAGGGGCAGGAGAGGGACAAUUCAUUGUACCCCCGGGGAAGCUGUUCCUGUAGUUAAUAACCUGUUGUGUAACAAGAAAAUAGUGUGCACCUUUUUCCUCAAAUGAAUCUCUCCAGUUACAUCUUCCAGACACUGUAUUCUCUGGAAGAUUUAAGAGCCUUUACCAAUUAGAAAUUUUCUGUACAUAGAGGUGCUAAUGGCCCAUGAUAAAAUUGCUGCUACGCCCUUUCUCUUUUUCAGUUGAAUAGGUAGAGUUUCUUUAGUCUCUCACACUGAGGAAGGAUUUCUAGACCAAAGUUCAAUCUCAUGUUUCUUUUAUGUACCUCUUUUAGUUUAUCAGCAUCCAUUUAGUGUGAACAUGAAAAUUGGAUACAGCAUCCAGGCAUGCACACAGACAUGCUCAGUGCUUAGGAAGAACCAGUACAUGCUCUCCUUUUUUUUCUGGAGCGGGUAUGUCUAUGUUUUCAUGCGUUUUGGUGCUACCCCUAGGGCAUGCUUGUAUACUGCCUAGUGCCUGGAAGCACGGGCCCCAUUGUCCUGUCCUAACUGUGCACAUAGAGGAUGCCAUAUGAACGAGCGGGUUCUUCCAAACCCACAGACUAGGUACAACUUCAGAUUCAUUGUGCAGGCUGUUAGUGGGGAAGUUUGUGCUGGGAAUUGCCAGGCAAAAUGAAAACCAUGUGGAAGGCGUGACGAGCUUCCCUUUAAAACAUGACUCCCUUUGCCAGAACAAGUCUGUUCUGGAGAAAUCCCCCACACUGGUAGCAUAACUAUCCAGAGUUUCUGCUUUUAUGACUUCUAAAUCAUCAGACCCCAAGCCUGGAGCAAUGGUCACACGUUGGAUCCUAACACAAGGGAUUAUUUGCACAAGCAACUCCUCUGUCCCUGUUGGGGUCUUGUUUGCACUUGUACCUGGGAUUGCCUCGUCAGAGCUCCAUGUCUUAGGCUCUGCACUACUGGACAACUGGGAAAGAGCCUCGUCGGCAAUUCUCUCUGGGUCCAUGGUACUUUGGCUCAGUUGGUCACUAACCACCCGUGAAAGGGGGCAAUCGGAGAGUUCCUCAAUUAUGACGGUAACCAUGUCUUGAGCAAAAUGUGCAUUGAAACCUGUUGCGUCAUCAUAUGGGUCUUGCUCAGAUUCAGAUCUUUGUAACACCUUCGUGGGAGUCGAAAGAACAACUUGAUGAAGUGUUUCUUCCUGUUCUGGACGUAGCAGUGGUUCUUGCCCUGUAGCUGUCGCGAGGCUGAUUUGAUGUCUGGACAGGCCUUCUUCCAUGGCCUGUUUCAGGUUCUCAGCAAGUGCAUUCACUUCAGCCCUUGAUAAACCUCUCUGGUACUGUGGGCUUGUGCCAUCAGUUGAAAUUAAGACUUUUGACAGGAGUCUAGUUAAUAUUUCCUCCACAAAUGUCAUGGGUACCACGGGAAUACAUGGGUUUAGAGUUGGUUUUGGAAUCUCCUUUAUCUUGCCAACAUCACUAGGGCAUUUGUCAGCAAUCUUUACACCUUCAGGUGUUGAAGAUGAAGUAUCCUUUGACCUGGGUUGAAAUUGAGGUUUGGCAACUUCUUUUGCUAUUGUAGCUGCUAUCCUAUGAGCUAAAAUGUCUUUGUGAUUUGUUAGGUCUCUGCCAACAAAAAUACCAGAAUCAGCCGGUUCUGCAGUGCUUGUGCAAGCUGAAUCGAACAGGUCUCCCAUGGCCUGGCUGUCUUCAGUGUGUAAAAAUCUUCUUCACUGAUAUGUUCAUUCAUAUUCCUCUGCAGUUUUGAGAGGAGUACUUGCAAAACCUGUAGAAUAUUUUUAGUUGCAUCCUUCAGCAACAAAGUCUUUUCUGUAGCUAAAUCCUCGAUGGAAAAGAGGGAAGAAACCAUGGACAGAAGAUUUCCUGCUAGUUUUUCAAUGAUACGAGGAACUAUUUUACCAAGGUCAGAUGGGAAGCUGUUUGGGUUCUCCAGAGGCUCAGUAACAUCUCUGGGUGUAUCUCCAACAAUAUUGACAGCUUCGGCAUGGUGGUGAAGUGGUGAUUCUCCAGAAAGAGAGCUCUGCAGUGGACUCCCAGAAAUCUCUUGGAAGACCAAGUCACAAAGAGCUUCGGAAAUAACCAGACACCCAUUUCGUAAGCAGUUCUGCAAGUUGACUUGAGACUGAAACUGUGCCAAAAGCUUGUCGUAAACCGAAUCAGCAAUGGUUUGAAUCAGCAUGCUCUGUGGCAUGUGGAUGGUCAGUGUGCUGGCUACAAGUGUCAUCAUCUUCUGAGAUUUUUGCCAUCACUCUACUGAUUACCUUCAGGUGAAGCAAGUCAAAUCCUGCAAGCUCCAUUUUCUUUUCCUUAGAGGAAGAUGUGCAGGCAGCGGCAGGGAGAAUAUCAGAUAAAAGCUUGCUGAUUAUAACUUUUGAAUAUGUGUGGCAGACUUCCAGAGUAGAUGGUGUGGGACUUUGGCAUUGGCUUUUAAUAGCAUCUUUGCAAAGCUUCUCAUCAGUUUUCCCAGGAUGUAGAAGUUUAUACAGAGCUGAAGGGGGUGCUUUUGCUAAGGGUUGGUGAUCAGUAAUUGCUCUCCUUCGCAGAACACUUAACCCCUCUGCUGACCCACUCUUGUUGCUUUUCAUGUUUUCAUACAGUGUGACUUUAGAAGCACUUUUGUGCGGAAGAUCAGAUAAACUGGAGUGAAUAAUUUUGUCUGUCAUGGUAUCUAUGUCAGGGAAGAGACCCCGAUCUUCUGAAGGCUGCCGGGCUGUGGCCUGACAUCUGGAAAGCUCACUUAACACCAAAUCAACCAGAUCUGUACUAAACCGUGAAGGAUCGCUUCCACGGAUCGUGCUGUACUGAGCAAGUAAAUUUUGGGAAGGAACACAUUUGUUCAUUAGUUCAUCAUAUGUGUUUUUCAAAAAGGUGUCAGCAUAAAUACCGGUAGGUGACUGCAAGGGCUAAGGAUCAAUGGUGUAUGUUGACAGUGGUGCUUCCCCUUCAGGGAAUAUUUUUCUGUAUGAUGACAAGAAGGGCUUUCUCACUAGCUGUCUGCUGAUCUGGGGUAGAGUUAUGCUGGAGUUGACUGCCCUUGGCUUGAUGAGUAUAUCCUGGGAGGAUGCAGAAGGUUUGAGCUCCACAGCUCCAGUGCAGUAAUGCAGCUUUCUGAUGCCCUGUGAUGUGCAUUGUACAAGCUUGGGGACCUGAAGCUGUCGUAGCAUUUGCCCUUCCCUUUGGACCUCUUCCUCAGAACUGAGCAUUCUUUCCUGGGCACUGAUUGGUGAAAAUAAUUUUCUAAGCAUGCCUGUUUUAGGGCGAUCAUGUGUGAUAUCAGAAGAAAUAUCUUCCCUAAUGCCAUGGGUUUCUAAUUGGCCAUCUUUUAGUGUUGAUUUGUGUUGAAAGUAACUUUGGCCAUAGGGAAAUUGCUCGGCUUGUAAAUUCUGUUGGGAUGCUCAAGUAGAGCUGCCAUGCACGUACUCUCCUUGCACAAAUGAGCGAUUUUAUUAGCCAGAUGAGGUGGUACUGCUGCCGGUUCAGUCUUGGGAAUAUUGUGUUCCCAAAACUUUCUGCCAAGAGUUGGAGACAGGCCAGGUGACUGUUGAGAAGCCAGUGAGGUUAGUUUUCCUCUACUCCCUUUCUUCCCACAUCCUGGAGAUCUCCUGGGUGUUAUCUUUCUGCCUGCGUAGACAAACUUUUGGGCACUGGCCUCCUCAUCUCUUGUAUCUCUUGCAGUUAUUUUUCUCUCUUUGUACUCUAUCAUUGCUGGAUAGAUGAUCUCUGUUAUCUCAUCCACAGCCCUUGUCAUUAUAUUUGUAACUGCAUCGGUCAUUUCUUUGGUCUUGUUUCUCUGUAGCAGGAACAAAUGAGAAAGAACAGUAAAGGUGUUAAUAAAUUCCUUCAUUCUCCCUUCUGCACAUGGCACCUGCAGUCUACUGGGUGCAAUUUAUACUUUUAGGAUAAAUAAUUAUAGCCCCCCAGGAAACAUGACAUAGAUUCAUAGGUGCUGGGGUCAGAAGGGACCUCAACAGGUCAUCGAGUCCGACCUCCUGCCUGGGCAGGAAAGAGUGCUGGGGUCAGAUGACCCCAGUCAGAUGCCUAUCCAGCCUUGUCUUGAAGACCCGCAAGGAAGGGGAGAUCACCAGCUCCCUUGGAAGCCCCUUCCAAAUUUUGGCCACCCUUACUGUGAAGAAGUUUUUCCUGCUAUCUAGCUUAACUCUGUUCUCUGUCAGUUUGUGAUCAGUGUUACCCCAAAAGGUGCCCUGGUGAACAGAGCAUCUCUGGUUCCUUGCUGUGCCCCCCUAAUGAAUUUGCAGGCAGCCACAAGAUCCCCUCAGCCUUCUCUUGGGGAGGCUGAAGAGGCCCAGGUCCCUCGGCCAUGUAUCACCCGAGCCUGUUGAAUAUGGUGGGAUAUAAAUCUAACAAAAUAAAUUUAGGUAAUCAAUUAAUUUGCAGACAUUUAAUCCAUCUCAUACCAAAACUCAAAGGCUGUGCUCUCCCUGGGCAGUGCCGCCCCCCUGCUCUUUCUCACGAUGAGGCAUCUAAAAACUCUGUCUGCUGCGCAGCUUUUAUGUUUUUCAAGGACAGUGCAGGCUUUUGCUAAAGAACCCCCUGGCCCCGAGUGCAGGAGGAAAAUAGUUUCGCCACCAUUUUGCACUUAGCAGCUUUGACCGAGUUCCACUCUACUGAUCUGUGGCCACCGGGCUGUAGUGCCUUCUAUAAUUUGGUCACUCCGUUGUUUCCCUUGGUGUUAAGAAAAGAGUAUCUGUCACACAACCAAUCCCAAUACAGCACAUCUUCUAACGUUAUAUCCUGCUCACUCGUUUCUGAAAAGAAUGGGGAGCAUUGUGUGGAACGAUGCCAUUUGGGCGGGCGAGUCCUGCACAACAAUACAUGUCAUGGCAGGUGCACGUUAUCUUUCAGUUUUGACAUCUCCCCCUGCCCUGACAUCUUACCUGAGAGGAUGAUCUUUUCUUGUUAGUGCCUUUAUUAGCAAUUGGCACAAAUCUAGGCUGCUGGGUGCCUGAUAUGAAAAGCAAUAAAUUCUAGGGUAGUCCUAAAUAUUUAGUGUAAACUGCUUGCAGGUCUAGGAGUUUGUGCCAUAGGCUCUGCUAUAAAAGCCCAACUCUGGGGGUGAGAAAGGGUAAAAGCUUGGCCCUACUGAAUUAAGUGGGAGUUUGGACAUUGACUUCUGUGUAGCCAGAGUUUUGCCUGAGGUACAUAACCAUUUUAAUGGAAAGACAGUGAAAAGACAGAUGCAACAGUGGAGACAAUACCAGGAGAUCAGGACCUUUGAACUUAUCACUCUGGUCAUCAAAUUUAAAAACCACCAGGGUCCAGUUGGUUCUGUGUUGGACCCUGAUCCUGCAAACAUUGAUGCAACCUGCUCAGAAACAAGCAUGGAGCAGUCCUGUUGAGUUCCCUGGGAUCACAGACGUUUUUGAAAUAAGGCUUGUGCAUUUUGUUAGAUUGGGGCUGCAGUCAUCAACUUCUUUGUGAAAUUCUAAAUAGAACUGCCAGCAGAUCCAUAGGCUACUAUUGACUAUUCCCGAUUUCCUUGUUAAGGUAUGUAUGAUAUAUAUACAUAAAGAUAUAAAUUGUGCUGUGGCUUUGUUUCUAACCUUCAUUGCUUUAUGAAGCAUGUGGUGUUUCUGUUUGCUUUGUCGUUUUUUAGAUCCAUCCAUCUGAAUUUUUUUUUUCUGAGAAGCUUUUGAGUGUUUUGUACUCAGUCGAAACCCUGGCUGAAUCUGCUGAGAAACAGAUAAACGAGAAACAAGACCAAAGAAAUGACUGAUGCAGUUACAAAUAUGAUGACAUGGGCUGUGGAUGAGAUAACAGAUAUCAUCUAUCCAGCAAUGAUAGAAUACAAAGAGAAAAAUAACCGCAAGAGAUCUGACAGACGAGGAGGCCAAAAGUUUGUCUACGCAGGCAGAAAGAUAACACCCAGGAGAUCUCCAAGACGUGGGAAGAAAGGGAGUAGAGGAAAACUAACCUCACUGGCUUCUCAACAGUCACCUGGCCUGUCUCCAACUCUUGGCAGAAAGUUUUGGGAACACAAUCUUCCCGAGACUGAACCAGCAGCAGUACCACCUCAUCCAGCUAAUAAAAUCGCUCAUUUGUGCAAGGAGAGUACGUGCAUGGCAGGUCUGCUUGAGCAUCCCAGGCAUAAUUUAACAAGCCGAGCAAUUUCCCUAUGGCCAAAGUUACUUUCAGCACAAAUCACAAAAAAAUGGCCAAUUAGAAACCCAUGGCUUUAGGGAAGAUAUUUCUUCUGAUGUCACACAUGAUCACUCUAAAACAGGCAUGCUUAGAAAAUUAUUUUCACCGAUCAAUGCCCAGGAAAGAAUGCUCAGUUCUGGGAAAGAGGUCCAAAGGGAAGGGCAAAUGCUACGACAGCUCCAGGUCCCUAAGACUGCACAACUCAGAAAAGUGCGUUAUCACACAGGAGCUGUGGGGCUCAAACCUUCUGCAUCCCCCCAGGAUAUACUCAUCAAGCCAAGGGCAGUCAGCUCCAGCAUAACUCUACCCCAGAUUGGCAGACACCUUGUGAGAAAGCCAUUCUUGUCAUCAUACAGAAAAAUAUUCCCUGAAGGGGAAGCACCACUGCCAGCAUACACCAUUGAGCCUCAGUCCUUGCAGUCACCUGCUGGUAUUUAUGCUGACACCUUUUUGAAAGACUCAUAUGAUGAACUAAUGAACAAAUGUGUACCUUCCCAAAACUUACUUGCUUGGGACAGCGCGAUCCGUGGAAGCGAUCCUUCACGGUUCAGUACAGAUCUGGUUGAUUUGGUGUUAAGUGAGCUUUCCAGAUGUCAGGCCACAGCCCAGCAGCCUUCAGAAGAUCGGGGUCUCUUCCCUGACAUAGAUACCUUGACAGACAAAAUUAUUCACUCCAGUUUAUCUGAUCUUCUGCACAAAAGUGCUUCUAAAGUCGCACUGUAUGAAAACAUGAAAAGCAACAAGAGUGGGUCAGCAGAGGGGUUAAGUGUUUUGCGAAGGAGAGAAAUUACUGAUCACCAACCCUUAGCAAAAGCACCUCCUUCAGCUCUGUAUAAACUUCUAUAUCCUGGGAAAACUGAUGAGAAGCUUUGCAAAGAUGCUCCUAAAAGCACCUCCCAGUGCCAAAGUCCCACACCAUCUACUCCGGAGGUCUGCAACAUGUAUUCGGAAAAUAUAAUCAGCAAGCUUUUAUCUGAUACUCUGCCUCCCGCUGCCUGCACAUCUUCCUCUAAGGAAAAGAAAAUGGAGCUUGCAGGAUUUGACUUGCUUCACCUGAAGGUAAUCAGUAGAGGGAUGGCAAAAAUCUCAGAAGAUGAUGACAUUUGUAGCCAGCACGCUGACCAUCCACAUGCCACAGAGCAUGCUAUGAUUCAAACCAUUGCUGAUUUGGUUUAUGACAAGCUUUUGGCACAGUUUCAGUCUCAAGUCAACAUGCAGAACUGCUUAAGAAAUGGGUGUCUGGUUAUUUCCGAAGCUCUUUGUGACUUGGUCUUCCAAGAGAUUUCUGGGAGUCCACUGCAGAGCUCUCUUUCUGGAGAAUCAUCUCUUCACCACCAUGCCGAAGCUGUCAAUAUUGUUGGAGAUACACCCAGAGAUGUUACUGAGCCUCUGAAGAACCCAAACAGCUUCCCAUCUGACCUUGGUAAAAUAGUUCCUCGUAUCAUUGAAAAACUAGCAGGAAAUCUUCUGUCCAUGGUUUCUUCCCUCUUUUCCAUCGAGCAUUUAGAUGCAGAAAAGACUUUGUUGCUGAAGGAUGUAACUAAAAAAAGUCUACAGGCUUUGCAAGUACUGCUCUCAAAACAGCAGAGGAACAUGAAUGAACAUAUCAGUGAAGAAGAUCUUUACACACUGAAGACAGCCAGGCCAUGGGAGACCUGUUCGAUUCAGCUUGCACAAGCACUGCAGAACUGGCUGAUUCUGGUAUUUUUGUUGGCAGAGACCUAACAAAUCACAAAGAUAUUUUAGCUCAUAGGAUAGCAGCUACAAUAGCAAAAGAAGUUGCCAAACCUCAGUUUCAAGCCAGGUCAGAGGAUACUUCAUCUUCAACACCUGAAGGUGUAAAGAUUGCUGACAAAUUCCCUAGCGAUGUUGGCAAGAUAAAGGAGAUUCCAAAACCAACUCUAAACCCAUGUAUUCCCGCGGUACCCAUGACGUUUGUGGAGGAAAUAUUAACUAGACUCCUGUCAAAAGUCUUAAUUUCAACUGACGGCACAAGCCCACGGUACCAGAGAGGUUUAUCAAGGGCUGAAGUGAAUGCACUUGCUGAGAACCUGAAACAGGCCAUGGAAGAAGGCCUGUCCAGACAUCAAAUCAGCCUCGCGACAGCUACAGGGCAAGAACCACUGCUACGUCCAGAACAGGAAGAAACACUUCAUCAAGUUGUUCUUUUGACUCCCAGAAAGGUGUUACAAAGAUCUGGAUCUGAGCAAGACACGUAACAGGUUUCAAUGCACAUUUUCCUCAAGACAUGGUUACCAUCAUAAUUGAGGAACUCUCCGAUCACCCCCUUUCACGGGUGGUUAGUGACCAACUGAGCCAAAGUACCAUGGACCCAGAGAGAAUUGCCGACAAGGCUCUUUCCCAGUUGUCCAGUAGUGCAGAGCCUAAGACAUGGAGCUCUGACGAGGCAAUCCCAGGUACAAGUGCAAACAAGACCCCAACAGGGACAGAGGAGUUGCUUGUGCAAAUAAUUCCUUGUGUUAGGAUCCAACGUGUGACCAUUGCUCCAGGCUUGGGGUCUGAUGAUUUAGAAGUCAUAAAACCAGAACCUCUGGAUAGUUAUGCUACCAGUGUGGGGGAUUUCUCCAAAACAGACUUGUUCUGGCAAAGAGAGUCAUGUUUUAAAGGGAAGCUCAUCACACCUUCCACAUGGUUUUCAUUUUGUCUGGCAAUUCCCAGCACAAACUUCCCCACUAACAGCCUGCACAAUGAAUCUGAAGUUGUACCUAGUCUGUGGGUUUGGAAGAACCAGCUCGUUCAUAUGGCAUCCUCUAUGUGCACAGUUAGGACAGGACAAUGGGGCCCAUGCUUCCAGGCACUAGGCAGUAUACAAGCAUGCCCCAGGUGUAGCACCAAAACACAUGAAAACAUAGACAUACCCGCUCCAGAAAAAAAGGAGAGCAUGUACUGGUUCUUCCUAAGCACUGGGCAUGUCUGUGUGCUUCAGUACUGCACCAGGGAUCGCCGCAAUGAGGACUGCGGCAUGAGCUCUGCAUAAGCUGUCCCUCCCCUGAAAUGGAAAUCGGGUGGCGUGCGUUCAUCAGUAGGCUCAGCCAGGAGCAAGAGCUGCCUGGAUCCAACCAACACCACACCGCUAGGUGGUUACAUGGCAUGAGGUUGUGAAGGCAGCAUGCACAGAAGCAGGCAUGGUGCACCUCACUGCACUACUCCCUGCUGGGGCACAAGCAGCCGAGACAGGCCCAUUGGCACCAAAGCUCUCAGGACACUGCUUUGCAGUGAUGCUAAAACAACACUAGAAACAUCAGUCAUAAAAGUGGAAAUGAGUCCCAGGUGAGCUGACUGUGGAUGUGUUUUGGUUUACAGGGAUUUCUGCUGACGUGUGCCCGGCCUGGGACAGAGAAGACUCAUUGGACUUGCCUGUGGAAAAUAUCCUGUAAAACCUCGGGUAACACAACGCUGGGAAGUUGGCCCUCAAAAGGUCUCUCGGCUCCCCCAGCUGACCCCUUACGUUUUGCAGGCUCGUCACUCUUUCAUUCAGUGCUGAUAUCUUUUCUGUCAACUCUAUGCAGAGGUUGCCUCUAGCCACGCAGUGGAGUCUGUUCUCCAGCCAGGUUGCUCUACCUCUUAAGAUUGUUGGCUCCAAUCUUGCUAUCCCUGAAGACAAGGGGUAUUUUUCCACUGGUUUCAAUAGGAGUAGGGCUGAGUGCCUUUUCCUAAUCUCUAUCCUAACUAUUGCUUCUUUUACUCCAGCUCACCAUGUGUAUUAUGGCCUUAAAAACUAGUUGUUGCCUGUGAUGCACGUAGUCUUUGGAAGCCCCUCUCUUGCAUGCUUAAGCAUGUCCAUAAAAUAAAUCACGGACUUUACAUAAACUAAGACGUUACCUUAGGAAUCAUCAUCGAAGAAGGGUAUUGAAACCUUUGGAUGCACUGGAAUGUAGGUCACAAAUACGACAGCAUCAUUGCUACUGACUACGGCAUUAGUGAGCUCAUUACUGGAUGCUGUAUCCAAUUCUUAUGUUCACACUAAAUGGAUGCUGAUAAACUAAAAGAGGUACAUAAAAGAAACAUGAGAUUGAACUUUGGUCCAGAAAUCCUUCCUCAGUGUGAGAGACUAAAGAAACUCUAUCUAUUCAACUGAAAAAGAGAGAGGGCGUAGCAGCAAUUUGAUCGUGGGCCAUUAGCACCUCUACGUACAGAAAGUUUCUAAUUGGUAAAGGCUCUUAAAUCUUCCAGAGAACGCAGUGACUGGAAGAUGUAAUUGGAGAGAUUCAUUCAAGGAAAAAGGUGCACACUAUUUUCUUGUUACACAACAGGUUAUUAACUACAGGAACAGCUUCCCCAGGGGCACGAUGAAUUGUCCCUCUCCUGCCCCUCACGCGCCCCUCAUUCUGUGACUGUGUAAUCCUGAGGAGUGCAGAUCAAACAGCACCUGGCCCGACUUUUCUUUUUUUCCCCUCUUUCUGUGGAACAGUUUGAGACGCUGUCUGAUGAUGCUGCACCUCCUAUACCAGAUGACAUGAGGGUCGACACAGGUAUGCGUGGGGAAGUGACACCGCCUAAGUUAGGUGAUGUGACUUUUGCGGACACCCUUGCUUUAUUCUUCUAUAUUAAGUGACUGCUCUCUUUUUUCCACAGCAGCUGGUGUCAGCGUGCCAAAAAAACAAUCUUCCUUCUUUAAAAAGAUACCAAAAGCUCUGGCCAGAGCGCGCGCUCUCGUGUCACGUUGCCUACCGCACGAGAGGACAUUUUGGAAAAUCGCACCCGAGAUUAUACCACAUCUUAAAUUUGUAUUAGGAAAAAUAAAGUGUUUGGGAAAAAAUGGGGUCUGGUGGAGGCUGCUAAUUGUACUUUGUGAGAGUUUGAAGCUUCAUUCUCAUGUAGUUAGGAGGCUCCUUUCAGGAUGCGUUAUUCAGGAGUUACGGUGCCCUCCCAAGCGGGUGGCUGUGCCACUGGCAGGGAGUUGGAGACAGAGGGCAGGAGCCAGGCCAACCAGCUGGUCAUGCCACAAAGGGCCAGAGCACUCCUUGAGAUAACGCGGAGGUGCCACCUAGCGAGGGUGAGGGAUUAAAGCCAGCAGACAAUGCCAUUUGGAGAGGGCAGAUUCUCCCCCUGCAAUCACUGGGUCAUCAGGCGGCCCCUGAAAUCAGAAGUGCUGACCCGUCCUUCUCCGCGCCAGUGCAGGGAACAGUUGUCUGAGUCUUUAGCUACAGUGCCGCGGGUUUAACCCAAGCUUUGUAAGCAGAAGAGCAGCAUGGCACAGCUGCCUGAGGGGAUCAAACACCCAGGACUGAGGACCUGCUGGUGUCCCUGACCCCUGCUUACCCUUGGGAGGUCAGGGCUAUCAGGGGCCACCUAUGAGCUCCUACACAGUAGCAUCACGGUUAGUGCCCCCCACGCUGUGCUGCCAUAGCUCAUUGCUACUGCAACAGAGCUUUUCACGUAGACGUGCCCAGGGAUCGGCUGCUGAAAGGGAGAGCGAAUAGGGCAUGACCAGGGAUUUUUCCCCACUAUUACUCUCUUGCCGCCAGCCUCCAGCAUUUCUGAUCCAGCCAGCAGACAUCCGCAGGUCAAAGCCUGUCUGCUGCUUCUCCAUUACACAUUUAAACUCCUUUGACAGAGGAAAAGUUCAAUAAAAUGUGCGUGCCAGCCCUGGCUGCCUCUCCCGCUCUCAGCGAUACAGAUUUUGAACAGUGAGUACAUGACCCCCCCUGAGGUCCAGGCACAAGUGCUGGGGUCCUGUGCAGAUGGCUAAUGGGCUCCAAAGGCAGGUGAUUCCCCGCAAAGCAGCACAAGUGAUCAUUUCUGAGCUGCGUGCCACCUAAUGUGCCACUGCAUCCCCUGCAGCCGCCACCUGACAGAUUUCUCCACACAGCUGAUAAAUCGCAUUUGAACUGCAGGCCCCAGUGCUGACCGUCACUGUGCUGAGUGGCACUGCUGUGUGCGGCUGGGCCGGCUAAGCUCAGCAGGAGCCUGCCUCCGUGCUUCACAGCAGAUGCCAGCUACAUCAGUGCACUGGGACACAACGGACCCAACCAGGCUGCAUGGGGGACUCGAAGGGCAGGUGCCCCCACUCCCACCAGCCAGAAAGCGGUACCAGCCCCAAGGGAGCCAUGCACAGAGGGGAAGGUGGCUCCCUUGCGGAUUCACAGGUGACCGGGGAAUUUUCUCAGGUCCCUGUGACACCUGUGCAAGAAGCAAAGCUCCCCCCAGCACUGCCUGGGCAUGAGGUGGGCUGCUCCCUGCAUGGCCAGUCCACAGGGCAAGGCCUGGGGCUUUUGUCCACCCUCCAGCAGGACAGCAAGGUAACCCUGGGCAUCAGCCAGGAGCCAGCUGUUGUGUAGCUGUUGCCUGGCAUCGCUUGUCACACUGGGCCUGCUGUGGGGACCAGCCUACAGGUCUCCCACUGGAGCUGUCUGCACAGGGACCUGGAUCCCACUGCAUGGAUCACAGAUACAGCCACGCUGCAGCAAAGGAUCCCAAGACCUCCCCUGAGGCUGCUGGCCUCGCAGGGGUCUCAGGCCAGGGGUGGUGGAAGCCUGCCCACUGCUCCAGGUAGCGGCGGAGCCCCUUGCUGCUGGCUGGCACCGGUGCCCUGGCGUGCGCUACCCCUCCUGUGCUGUGGGGUCACAGCUGGCCAAGUGCAGCUGCAGAGCAUGUCUCAGCCUGUUCUGCCGGGGUCCUGUCCCCCGGCCCACCAGGCCCUUCCCGAUGUCACAGAGACCCAGCAAGCUGAGCACUCAGCAGCUAAGAACAGCAUCCCAGGAGCACCCACAGGGAACCCCGCCUGACACAGCUGGUCAGCACAUCAAACCCUGGGCCAACAGCCUCUUGGGCAGUGUCCUUCCCACAGCCUGCACUGGCAAUGCCUGCUGGCACACACCUGGGCAAGGGGCAUCUCUUGGCUCCUCUCCAGCUCCCAGAAGCUUUGUUGCACGCUGGGUGCUGCUAAUAACACCACCUAUAAUGGGGGCAGCAUUCCCAACUCCUCUGAGGAUUGUACCCUUACUUCCCCGUGCGGCACUCACCCAGAGCCAGGGCCUAUGGUGAUCCUCUUGCAGCCAAAGGGGAGCCGCUUCUGCAGCCCGCAUCAAAGUCUGGGGACAGUAGCUCUACUAUGCAGCUGUCAGUUCACAGUAGCUAAAACCUCCAGGUCUCACCCCUUUUGCUGUGUGCGGUCUUUCCAGCAGAGUGGUGGAAAGCUGAGGAGAGGGCCAAGAUUAAGCCCUGGGACACAGAUUCGCCUUUCCUAGGUGUAUUUUCAGUGGUGCUUGUCUCUACCUGCUUUGGCGUUUCCCAAUUGGGUCUGCAUGGCCAGGCUCCCACUCUAACGGCAGAAUAAGAGAGCAGCAACAUGGGCGAGGCAGCUACCUUCAGUCUGGUCCUGGUGAAGCUCAGGCCUGCAUGCCUAGUGGUACUACAGAAGCCGUCUAGGGUUUUCCGCCCCUCCCUCCCCCUCCAGGCUCUGGUGGUCUUGCUGGAGCAGAUCUAGGCCCUGUUUAUUCUUCUAAGGGGGCUAGGCUCGCUUUCAGCAGCCAGCGCCUCACUCUACAAUAGACCAACAUCUCGAGUCCUCGUUUGGAAGGACAAAGGCCUGUUUUUGAGACAGUUCUGUUGGUGUAGAGGAGUUGAAACUUGACUUUGGGACUUUUCUGUUCCACAGAAAUGUGAUAGCAAUGGGGUUAAAGUAGGCAGAGGUUUUGCAGGUGAUGGAUGAGCUCAGGAAUAUCUUAUUUUGGGAAAAGAAUCAGUGUAAAAUGACUGCAGGCCAGGGUCAACGUAGCUGCUCCUCUCAAGAACAGAUUCAGCCCUUGCAGCACCUGGAGUGCUUCUGCUACCAGCCCCUGGCCAGACAGCCAGCCGUCACCCCACUAGGAUAGCUUUACAGAGGCCUGAGGACACUGCUCACUCAUGGGCUAGAAAUCUUGAGCGCCAUGAAAUGGCCAGGAAUGCGCAGGCAUCCCAAAGAAAUCCAAACCAACCAAAAGCGAUACAAACUUGUCCCAAGCAACACAAACCUAUCCAAAGCAAUAUAAAUGAACAUGAAAGAAACCAAAGCAAUCUGAAUCAAGCACCCGAACUCCCAGUAAUCCAAAACAAUCCAAAGUACAUGGAAGAAUGUGAGGGGAAUAUCCAGGAAAGCUCAGCAUUCGUGGGGACCUCGUGGCAUUCCCAGGGAAUCGUUCCUGGGGGACACCUGGGGUAUACAAAUGUCACUUGUCAUUUGUUAGUAUUCACAGGGAUUGAGUGGGAAUGUCUUGGAUUGCUUUGGAUUGGAAGUAUCUGUAUUUGCUGGUAUUCCUCAGAAAUAACCAGGAAUGAAUAUCCCCCAUUGGAAAUACCCAACUUCCCCAUAGAAACCUCAGUAACAUCGGUGAGCUUCACUAGGAAAUAGCAGGAAACCUUCUGUCUAUUCUAGCCAAUGGCUAAACAUUAUUUCUCAAGAAUUGAAAGGCUAUCUAUCUUGCACUGGUGGAAGUUGUAAAUUGAACCAUGUGUUUUGAAUAUUCUGCUCUCCCCCAUACGCACACAUACAUAUACAGGCAGCAUGAGACCCACACUACUGUUUGAUAUCUCACUGCUGGAGCUCAGUAGGAUUAAAGGAAAGGAAUAAAAAUUAGACAGAGAAACAGACAGCAUACGGGUUAGAUAUGUAGCUCUAACCAACAUUGGGUAGCCAUACCUGCAGCAAGCCUGCAGAAACCUAAUAGCAGGCAGAAACCUGAGCAAGCUUUCCUAAGUCUAGCAUUACACUGCAUUGCUGGAGACAGGUUGAGCCUUCAGUCCUUUGCUACAUCUCAAAUACUGGCACUCAACUGCCAUAUUGAAUGUAAUAGUUUGAAUGUUUGUAAUAGUUGCCCAUUAGCCAGUUUAGGAAGAAGACAAGAUUCAUCUUCUUAUCUAGGCCAUUGUUUCGGCCUGCGUGAGGAAGGUUCGGGCUUUGCUCAAAGUCUUAACUCUUGAAUUUUAUCUUUAGAGGCCUUUAACAAAGUUAACCUAAAAAUGACCCUUAAGCAAACAUCCCACAUUCCGAGAAAUCAAACCCUAGGAGCCUUUGAAAAGAUUGGAAAGAAAAGGUCGCUGCAGUGUGGAAAUCAGCCAAAAUAAUUAAAUGACAACAAAAGAAACUGAACCCAGCAGAAAUCUGUUGAGUGAAAUCUGAGCCCAAAUUUGGGAUUAGUGACAGGUUUGGGUAGGAGGGGCCUAUUUAUUUAUCACUCAAUAAAAACUGUAACCUACUGUCCCAAUUUGGAGGUAACCUCACUUGCAGAACGAAGGAAGAAUCGCAAGUGUAGGCCAGAUCAGACUGAUCACCUGAACCACCCCCUCCGUGAACACGAAUCUCUUAGUUCACGCUGAAGCCGUGGAGCGCCCGAAAGGGACUGAAGGAAGGGGACUUAGUCCUAUCAGUAUUGAGGCCAGCCCAUUGUACCGUACUGCUGAGGCGAGCCCAUUGAACCGUACUACUGAGGCCAGCCCAUUAAAUUGUACUACUGAGGAAUUAAAGCAUAUUUAGGUGUUUGCCGUCUCGGAAUUCUAGGAUUGUGAGUAUAUCAUGAAAAAUAAUAGUAUUGAUUCAAAUUUAACUUUUAGUUGUAAUUGUAAUUGUUUUAAGGAAGUACAUUUGGAGCAUUGUUUCUGAUAUGUGUAGUUAUUGUGUUCUUAACGUUUGUGGUAUUUCUUAAAGCUAAGCAGUGUUAUAUGCGUAGCAAAGAAUUUUAAAAUAAA